GAGAGAGUGCGUGUGUUCCUGCUUCCUUUCUUUCUUCUUCAGUGAAGCAUGCAGGACACAGAGGAGAUUCAGAAUCUCCCCAUUGACAUCGCCUUCGGUCGUCUCGGAGAAUGGCUAGUCGUUCGGAAGAGGAUCGCGGGCGAUUGGAGGAAACGCAUGAGCUCUAUCAGGACAAAGAUCUCCUUGGCCUUCUCCUCUCUCCCCAAAGACCUUGAUCCUUUCUUCCUAACCCUAGACGCUGAAGCUAUUGGCUUCUUGGAAGCAAAACAUAUAUACAGUACCCUGCUGAGUACAACUACAGAAAGCCGUAAUUUUUUUGGGCGGUUAUCAGGUUCUGCUGGUGAGUGGGAGAACAUUGUGAGAGCAUAUGAGAAGGAUUAUGUGUUCCUUGGAGAGGCUGCUCAGUUCAUUGUCCAGAAUUGCAACUAUGAAAUUCCUUUUCAGAAAAAGCAGGUGCAGAAAAUUCAACAACAACUAGCAGAAUUAGAUCGCAAAGAAGUUGAAAUCAAACGGAAUGCUUCUCUUUCUGCAGCGAAGUAUUCAGAAUCUUGUCAGGAGCUUGGAUUGCAAGGCAUAAAUGUGAGGCUGGAGCUUUUGGAGACAGCUAAAUCUCUUCCUGCUACGAUCAGCAGAAUAUUGGAAGUUCUUAAUGGUGAUUCAAUGUUAAAAGCUAUUGAGUAUUACUCAAAUUUUUGCAGAGAUGCUCAUACAGAGAAAGAGAACAGUCCACUUGUUGUACUCCAAGCUUUGAGGAAUCUUCUUGAAAAUCCCCCCUCUCUCAAUGUCUCCGUGUCCCUUGAAGUCCAAAAUUCUCUGCACAACCAAUCAAAUUUGUGUUCUGCUUCUCCUAUGGCAGUCGAAGGAUCGGCUGAUAUCAAUGUUGCUUCUGGUUUUAUUGAUUGGGACAUCUCUCUGGGUGAUACUCAAAUUGAUUGGGAUGUUGAACCGACUGAAAACUUGGGGGAUGAUUUUGGUUUUGAUGGGAUAAUUGAUGCUCAAAAAGACUUGGAGGAAUCUGAAACUGGUGUUGGUGUGGUAUCUGAUAAUAAUAAAGCACUAGAUGUUUUCAAAGGGAAAAGCAUUUCUGGAGCUGAGGAAACACAGAUAUGUUGGGAUAUUAGCAUUGAGAAUUCUCAGAUGGAUGUACCUGAACAUUUUGCUCCACCAAGUUCAAACCAAGAAGUUCAACAGAUUGAUCCAGUAGUGUUAAGUGCACCACAAUCUUUAGAGGAAGAGAGAAGCCAAUUUUUGGAUUCAGAAUAUAGGAAUAAAAUUAUUGAUGAUUUAUUUGAGCUAAAAUCAUUUCUAAAUCAACGGCUAGUGGAAAUGAGAAGUGAGGAGACAUCCUCUUUGCAACAUCAAGUUCAGGCUGUUGCUCCUAUUGUGCUGCAACAAUAUGCUCCAGAUGUUGUGGAGGCAUUGCUAUCAGAGGUAUCUUUGGCCAUUUCAUUGCUCACAAGCAGGAAGACUCGUGACAUGAUUAUGAUUCUUAAUUCAAAAAGAUUUCUGGAUAGAUUGGUGUCAACAGUCGAGGAAAAGAAGCAUCAUGAAGAGAAGCUUAGAGAGAGUUUGAAAGAUUUGGCUGUGAGGCGGAGAGAGCUGCAAAAUACUCUAGCAUCAUCCUGGCCUAAGCAGGAAGCUACAAUCAGAAAAACAAGGGAGCUGAAGGAGCUCUGCGAAACGACACUGUCCUCAUUAUUCAAUGGAAGACCAGUCAAUUUAAUCGGCGAAAUUAACAAUUUGUUAAGCAGCGGUGUUGGUGCAUAAUGCAAAUAUCUUCAGAGAACAAUUUGGGCAUUUGAAGGUGCUCUUCAUGCGUUUUUUACUACAAAAAAUAGUAGUAUUCUUUUUUACUAGAAACUUGUCUGUUAUGUGAUGCACUUACUUUAUACUAGUUCAUAUAAGCCCACUGAUUUAUUUAUUGGAAGUAAUGAGUAUACCCUAUUUUCGUGUGGAAGAACAAAUUCUUCUGUUGUAGAAACAUAUUGCCACUCAGUUUUGUUAUAACUUUUAGAUUAAAAUUGAUCCACGCCAUUUUUAUU